ACCCAGGAGACGCCAUACCGUUGCUCUGUGUCCAACAAGCGGUUCGGUCUACACAAUGACCUAUUGUCCCGCCAUUCAACUCUCUAUGACCCCAACAGAGACUCGGCCUCCACGAAACGACGGUGCAUCGAGGGUAAUAGUGCGCUAACCCGCGCGUCGCAGGCUUGUGAGGGCUGUGCCGAGAAUCAUCUCCGCUGCGAUGAUGGUAAACCCUGCCGUCGAUAUCAACGGAAGGGGUUCCGCUGUAAUCUGCCCACUGGAUCUGUGGAGGGUACUCCACCGACUCCGGCGACUCGGCUAGAGGUAAACGCUCCCGGCAAUGACGGGAAUCCAUUGUCGCCAUUACAACUGCCACAACAACCACACCAGCCACAGACUGUCGGUGGACCCUGCGCCUCAUUGGGCUUUAGCAAUCAAAUAGGAUCCGUGAGUCCGGGCAGCUAUUCGAGGUGGCUACAUGGUCCCGGCAGAUAA